CGAAACCCUAAAAAAGCAAUAAAAAACAAAACCAGACAGAGUGAAAACAAACAAGGACCUAAUAGGGAGUCUUAUAAAUAACAUAAAGCCCCCUCCUUUAUUUUACCUUCUUAAUUCUCUCUCUCCUCUCUCUCUCUCUCUCUUGUGCAAACCCUUUUGUUGAUGUGAUUCUCCACUACAUCUUCAAAAACCCACCAACCUUUACAAAAGAGAGAAAGAUUAAGAACCAUGGUUUUUUCCUCCAUCCCAGCUUAUCUUGAUCAAUCCAACUGGCCACAGCAACAAAAUCAUCAAGCUGGAAGUAGCAACACAAAUCCUCAGUUUCCACCGCCGCCGCCGUUUCCACAGCCACAUGGGGCAGGUGGCGCAGGCUCGAUCAGGCCGGGUUCCAUGGCGGAUCGAGCACGGAUGGCCAACAUACCCUUGCCUGAGGCAGCCCUAAAAUGCCCUAGAUGCGAAUCGACUAACACAAAGUUUUGCUACUUCAACAACUACAGCCUCUCGCAGCCUCGGCACUUUUGCAAGACCUGCAGGAGGUACUGGACUAGAGGAGGUGCUCUGAGAAACGUCCCGGUGGGAGGUGGCUGCCGGAGGAACAAAAGAAGCAAAGGGAGUAGCUCGAAAUCUCCGGUCAGCAGCGAUCGCCAGACCUUAAGUGCUUCAACAAGUGCAAUUUCUUCCAGUAGUAGUGGAAACCCUAAUCUAAUAGGCCUCUCGCCGCAGUUUCCGCCACUACGUUUCAUGGCUCCUUUGCAGCAUCAGCUCAGUGACUAUGGUGGAGGAGAUAUUGGAUUAAAUUACAGUGGAAUUUCGGGACCAGUGGUGGCACCAAGUGACAUGAAUUUCCAGUUUGGAGGCAGUUCAUCAUUUGGUGGUGGUUCCUAUUUAUCACAGAUCCCUUUGUUGGGUGGGUUGGAGAGGCCAUCAUCUGGGCUAUUGUACCCAUUUCAAGGUGGUCUUGAGGCUUCAGGCUAUGGUGAUGAAGCUAGUCAGGUCGGGCCGAGAACGUCGGCUUCGGGGCUAGUAUCUCAGUUGGCUUCAGUGAAGAUGGAGGAUAAUAAUCAAGAUCAGUUGAAUUUGUCAAGGCAGUUCUUGGGCAUCCCAGCUGGAAAUGAUCAGUAUUGGGGUACUAGUGCUGCAUGGACAGAUCUUUCUGGGUUUAACUCUUCUUCCACUAGUAAUCCCUUAUGAUUGAUUUCGAUCUCUCUCUCUCACUCUCUUUCUCUUGAGAUCGAUCUCUAUAGUUUAGUGGUGAUUAAGCUUAAUUAGUCCCCUUUUUUUUGCUAGUAAUUAAAGCCUCAAGAGUGAAGAUACUCAUUCCCAUAAUUAUUUGAAAGUUCUAAAUGAUCGAGUUGGCCAAGAAGGAGAAUAUGGAGAAUUUACAGGAUGGACUGAAGAUUUUCACUCUCUAAGACAGACUGAAAACCCUAGAAAUGGUAGGUUUUUAUUUUAUUUUAUCCUUUUCCCUAUAUAUUUUCUUUUUAAUUUGGUUUGGUUUUUCUUGUGUAAUGUCCGAGCUUGUUUACUAAAUGGAGUGUACGAGUUCUUGUAGUUCUAUAUUGGACAUGAAGGUCUAAAUUUCAUAGUUUGUCAAAA